AUGGCGCCAAAGGCAAGGAAAACCGCCGGCACGCCAAAGCAGGCCAAGUCGGCCAAGGCCACCGCUGCUACUGCUGUGGCUGGUGCUGGUGCUGGUGCUGGUGCUGGUGCUGGUGCUGGUGCUGAUUCUGUUGCCCCCCAAGUCGACGACGUCGACGUCGACUCAACAGCAGCGGCCACGGCCACGGCCACGGCAACGGCCACGGCAACGGCAACGGCAGCGGCCAGCUCCUCCCCAUUAUCUUCAUCAUCAUCAUCAUCAUCAUCAUCAUCCUCCCCCUCCUCCCCUUCAGCGAGCCCGGUCCAAGAGGCAUCCACCCUCGUCAUACUUCAGCUCGUAAUCCGCCUCAUCAGCUUCAUCGCCAACCAGCUUCUCAUCCGCUACCUCACCGCGCCGCUUCUCGGCCUGUCCACGCAGCUCGAGGUCUACUACCUCUCGGUGCUCUUCUUUGCCCGCGAGAGUCUGCGCGUCGCCAUUCAGCGCCAUCCGAGCAUCAGUCACGCUGUCGCCGUCAAGCCAUCCUCGUCUGAACUGUCAACUGCCGUCAAGGGCGAGACUGGUAAAGAUGCUGCCUCACCAUCAUCCAGCGGCACGGCCAGCACAGAGCGCAAGGUCAGGCUCAAGGCCGGGGGUCUCUGUGUCUCUGAUGAUCCCGUCGAGAGCCAGGCUAUCCUCAACCUCGGGUACAUCUCCAUCGUCCUCGGCACCAUCACCAGCCUCGCCCUCGGCUGGACCUACCUGGCCUACGCCCAGCCGUCGACUCUCGCCACGCCGUACUCAAAGCUUUCCCUACGUGUCUACGGCCUCUCCGCCGUCGUCGAGCUGCUGUCGGAGCCCUGCUUUUUCUUGAUGCAUUACGACGUGGGUACCCGUGCCGCCUCCGAGUCCGUCGCCGCCCUCAUCCGCGUUGCUGUCAUUUUUGGCACAGCCGUCCUCGCCUCUCGCUUCGGCCUCGAGCUUGGUGUCAUGCCCUGGGCCCUGGGUCAGCUCGCCUACUCCGCCACCCUCGUCGUCCUCUACGGCUUGGUCGGCUGGAGCAUGGCUGCUCCCGUCGGCUUCUCCCUGCUGCCACGCCGUAUCCGCCACGCCUCCCCUAGCUCCUUCAUCCUCGGUAGGUUCUACAGGCCUACCAUCCGCCUCGCCGCCAGCAUGACGGCACAGAGCCUCGUCAAGCACAUCCUUACCCAGGGCGACACCUUCCUCGUCUCCCUCCUCGCCUCACCCGCCGUGCAGGGCUCUUACGCCCUUGCCAGCAACUAUGGUGGCCUGCUCGCACGCCUGCUCUUCCAGCCCAUCGAGGAGUCGACGCGCAGAUACUUCUCCAAGUUGCUCAUCAAACCUGAAAAUACGCCCUCGGCUGUGCGAGAGGCCAACAAGAGCCUUUGCGCCCUCAUGCGUCUAUACUUUCUCCUAUCCGGCUUUGUCGUCAGUAUCGGGCCCUUCGUCGCACCCCCUUUACUGCGUAUCAUCCUCGGCAGUCGCUGGUACGGCGCCGGUGCGGGAGAUGUUCUUGCCACUUAUUGCCUCUACGUGCCUUUUCUCGCCAUCAAUGGCCUGACCGAGGCCUUUGUUUCUAGUGUCGCCACUGAGGCCCAAAUUCAUCAGCAGUCAGUCUGGAUGGGCUUUUUCUCUGCCAUGUUUGCCGGCUCCGCCUACGUAUUCAUGGGCGUCCUGGGCCUUGGAGCUCAGGGCCUCGUGUACGCCAAUAUUGUGAACAUGCUGUGUCGCAUCGUUUGGAGUCUCUUUUUCAUCAAACGGUAUUUUGCCCGUUAUCGCGACACCUUCUCUGUUCGUAGGCUCAUUCCCGAUGAGACCAUUGCCCUCUCCGUCUCUACAUUCGCGGGCUUAUAUCAAACCGGCAUUGCGAAAGAGAUUGACAAGACACCUAUCAAGGCUACCCUCAUCAUAGGCAGCUCUGGUUUAGUGUUACUCCUGUUGACAAUGUUCAUCGAAAAAAGAUUCCUCAUAGAAUGCGGCAAAUCUUUCGGAAUUCCAGGUAAGGAAGAAAGAGACGGCGCCAAGGAGGUCUCCAAGGGACACAAGGAGAGUCCCAAAAAGUAG